AUGGCAGUCAAGGCGCGACGUGUAGCCGUCAUCGGGGCUGGUCCCUCGGGCGCAAUAGCCACGGAUGCGCUAGUGAAGGAACAAGCGUUCGACACAAUCCGAGUGUUCGACCGACGAGCCGGAAUCGGUGGAACAUGGAUCUACACACCUCAUCUGCCGACCGCGAUCCCGUCUCUAGAAGAUGUGAUAGCCGGCAAGGCAGACGUCGCGGUUCCUCUACCUCCGCAGCUUCCGACUGUGACACCAGUGUCCGAAGAAAUUAAUGGACACCAGCGGCGGUUCUCCGAUACGGCGCUGCAUGAGAACCUGCACAGCAAUAUCACACCCUCUAUCAUGAGCUACACGCAAGAGCCUUUCCCGAACAAGCUUUCCCCACGUACACUGGCCGAACAUGGCCCCGGGGCGCCUUUCCGACACCACACCGUGAUCCGCGAAUGGAUCGAAGGCAUAUUCUCGCGCGGCGGUCACGAAAAACUCCUUGAACUCAACACCACAGUAGAGCGAGCUGAGAAAAUCGGCAGCGAGUGGGUACUUACUCUUCGGAAGGAAUCCUCGGGCAGGAAUUACUGGUGGAGAGAGACCUUCGACGCCCUAGUCGUGGCGACAGGGCAUUACAACGUCCCCUGGUUUCCGAACAUACCGGGUCUGCUGGAAUACGACGAGAAAUUCCCCGGGAGGAUACAACACAGCAAACACUUCCGUAACUCAUCGAAAUUUAAGGGAAAGCGGAUAGUCGUAGUAGGCGGCUCCAUAUCGGCGCACGAAGUCGUCCACGAGGUCCUCGACGUCGCGCAAACUCCUGUUUACGCAUCUCUACGCGGAGGCCCGAUCCCGGCAUUCGGAUGGGAGCCUUUCCUGCAUCCGGACAUCGCGAUCAAGAAGGAAAUUAAAAAGUUCGAUGCAGACACCGGUCGUAUCCAUUUCGCCGACGGGUCAUUCCUUGACGAUGUAGAUUACAUCUUCUUCGGAACCGGAUACACAUUUAGCGUCCCCUUCAUCACGCAAGUGCAAGAUCGCAUCAGGAAUGCCUACCGUAGGCUUCCCGGAGUUUACCAACACACGUUUAAUAUCGAGGAUCCGACAUUGACUUUUGUCGGCAUGCUUGGAGGCGGCUUUACCUUCCGAGUUUACGAAUGGCAAGCUGUAGCGGUAGCGCGACACCUAGCAGGACGAGCCGCAAAAUCGCUACCAUCGGUGCCAGAGCAACUCGAAUGGGAACGUGCGCGCGUGGCCGAAAAAGGCGGCGGUAAGGAUUACUAUUCGAUUGCCCCUGAUUACGCCGCAUUCUUCGAAUUCUUACAAGCAAUUGCUGGCGAGCCCGCCCCAGGAACCACGGGCCGGGUGUUGCCACCUUUCGAUCCGAAAUGGCUCGAACUGUGGACUGGCAUGGUCGCCAAUAAGAUCGAAGGCUUCCAGCGUAAGCGGAAGAGAGCAGAGGAAGCGAGAGGGGCAGUAAAGGCGAAGUUGUGA